AUGCUGAUUUUAACAAUAAGACAGACAUAAUUCUAGAAUGGAAUUAUGAUUGUUUUAUUUUACAAUGAUGGACAAGAGUUAGUAGGAUUGAUGCUUGUGUUAAUACAAUCAGCCUGUUGAAAACGAGAGACCCAUCAUUCAAGGCAAUUCCAAAUAGAGCAAACCUAUGUAAUGUGGGAGUGUCGAGGAAGCAGUAAAAUAAUUGCACUUUUGAGAUAUUUGAGCCGUAUUUGUUUCUGUAAUUUUUGUUAAAACAUAUUUUAAAUGUGAAAGUCCUUUAAUUUAAUACAUAUUUCAGAUUAAUGUUACUUGAAAGUGACCAAUAAUAAGAAAGUUCAAACAACAAUAAUCACUAACUAUAUAAAUCUGCAUAUGUACUAUGUCUUAUAGAUAUACUUUCAGUCAAUAAGGAAUCGACGAAAAAUUUAUGAUGACAAUGAUUUUAGAGAGGUUGUCAAAAACUUUUAUAAUCUGAUCUCUGAAUUGAAUAAAAGUAUUUAAUCCUCACUAUCUGUUUAUUAGUUAAGAAAAUCACCAAACCUCACAUGAGAAAAUAACCAAAAUAGACUAAAUAGAGAAAUGCAAUUGCAAAUAAGUAGCCAACAAAGGAACUUCCAACUACAAAAAGAGAUAUCAAUAUUAGACCUGGAUUAUUACAAGCUCAACAAUACUUUAACUCUUGUUUCAGUCAAUAAAUUGUUAGUCAAUUAAUACCCAAUUUCAAUCAACCAAAACAUGCUCCUGUUUUCUAUGAGAAAAACAAGCAACAUCUCCACUUCCAACGCAAUCAGAUUCACAUACAAAUUGCUUAUAACAUAUACAUCAAGAAGUUCGGUUCCUCCCUUGUCGAAAAUUAGGAUCCCACCUCAGUUGCCAAAAAAGUCAUGAAUACCAACUUUAAUCCUAAAGUAAUUAUCCAUUUAAGAACCAGUCCCAAUUCCAAGAGGAGGACAAACAAAGUGAUGCCUCCGAUUAGCAAAACAAACCUAUUGAAGAUGGUAAAUAGAAACCCUUGAAGGACUUGGUUCGAGAAUUAUAGAGUGAUUAAUGAUUUCAAAAAAAUUAUAGGAAG